AUGAGAAUGAAACCCAGUCGCAACUUCCUCCUGGGCCUGUGCUCCAUGCUGGCCUUGGGAUUCCUCUAUUACUCUUCAGGGCGGAUCAGCUUACGAGGCUGGAACCACAAAUCAUGUGAGUGAUUCUCAGACACAUGGGCAUUAUACAGUACAAUUACAAAGGAUUCAUUUCAUUAACUACUGUGAACCCCACUGACAGUGUUAGAACCCUUUCUCUCAACAAUCCUUGUCACUGACACAGGCCACAUGUCUAACACUAACAUGAAAAUGAUCCUUGAACAGAUUUUCACCUAUGCAAAGCAAGAAUCCCUUUGAUUUGUCCAAGUAAAAAAGCAGAAUAGGAAAAAAAGAUCAAUAUUACAGUUGUACUAGAGCUGGGUAAUUCACAAACAGCACUUGAAAAAAAUAAUACAUUUAAUUUCUGACUGCCUCAAACUGAUUAUUCUCAUAGCUGAACAGGUUUCAUCUCUGUGAUGAUUUUUCUUGUAAUAAAAUAAUGCAGAGGGCAAACUCUAAAGGAGAACAAACACAGUGAGAGUGUCUCAUGGUGAACAGAGUAAGAACUUGACAUGAAGAAAACCUUCAAUAUGACUUUUUACCAGGUGGGGGAGCCAGUCCAUUUCAGUUGAAACACGGUGUUACAUGAGGGAUCAAGGAUUCUCCUUCAUUGGGUAAAAGUGUAAAAGACUUUUUUUUUUUUUUUUUUUUUUUAUGGCUCAUAGCUGAUCUCAAGCAAUGUGGUCAAUUUAGUCAGUAUUCAAUUUUUUUUAUAAAGGCCAGGUAUUUAAGCCAUGCUGAGUGGUUGAUAAUGAUAGUGGGUCAAGAUGUGGAAGUUACAUUUCAGUCAACAACCUUGCCGAUCAAAUUACAACAAAAAGAGUACAAAAUCAUAUUUUUAUUUAUUUAACCUUUAUUUAACCAGGUUUGUCCCAUUGAGAUCUGAGGAUCUCAUUUGCAAGGGAGACCUGACCAAGAACGGCAGCAAUACAUAGUUACAACAAACAGUCACACAGACUCAAUACAGAACAAAAAUGUGAGGAAACAUCAGUUAAAACAGAGACAGUCUGAGAGUUUGGACUCCAGCCUUUUAACUACAGAUUUAGAAACAGUCAAAGACACCAAGUUUUGCAGCUUAAGUUCAGUCUGCAGAUUAUUCCAUGCAGAGGCGACAGAGAACCUGAAAGCCUUCUUUCCCAUUGCAGUUCGGACUCUGGGGACAACAAACUGUAUACAUCUCAAUGAUAUCAGAUUGUGUAAUCCGUCCUUAAUGAUCAGAGGUAGUCCGCAAUUUUUCCAAGAAUGCCUUUGUAGAUGAAAACGUACCAAUGACCAAGCCGACGAGUACUUAAAGAAGUCCAACUGACUUUGGAGUAUAAAGUACAGCGAUGAGUUAAAAAUCCACAAUUUGUUAUAAAUCUCAGAGCUCCAUGGUAAACACUGUCCAACAUUUGCAGACUCUGGGCAGAGGCAUUCAUGUAUAAAACAUCACCAUAAUCAAGAAGAGGUAAGAAUGUAGACUCCACAAAUCUCUUAUAUGUUUUCAAAGUAACAAUGAACAGAGGCUCCAUCUUUUUAAUCUUUAUAGUAAGAUAGACAGUUUUGUGUUUUCCACUCGUCUUUUUGUUCCCAAAAAGGAAUCUUUAAAAAUGAGUAAUGCUUAACAUUGUUGCUCGAUCAUUUGGAGGCUUAAAUUAUGGCUUAUUUGUAAGAAGAGAGCCUUUUUAUAUGAUUGCAUGUUUUAUGUAAAAGGCCUGACCUUCUGGAGCCAUAGAAGGCAGGGGUUACUCUCUGAAGCAGAGGCUAUUGACUCUGCUGUCCAACCUUAAGAUACCACAGGAGCUGGCGCAUGAUACAGUUAUUUAUAAUAAAGCCUAUUCAGCAACUCCGGCUGCUUUGAAGCAUACCCUCAAGUGUCAAACCCCUACAGAGGAAAAUACAAUCUUUACUGUCUUCACUCUCCGAGUAAGACGCUGUUUCUGGUCAAAUGCAGAGCGAAGUAUACACAAAUAAGACAUUAUACAUAAAGUGAAUCACUAAGUGUUAAAAAGAGUUACUGAUGGGAAAGUAUUGAUUUAGAAAACUGCAGUCUGUUCAGCAUCUAAGUAACAACAAUUAUCUUAAUACUUUUCCGUGCUGUAAAGAAAAAAAGCAAAUGAUGCAUCAUCUGGUUGUAAUCUGCUGUUAAACCAAGCAAUCAUUACAUGUGGUUUCUAUUUUGCUGUCAGUGUCUAAUGAUGAAUACAGUUGAACACCCAUUAUAGUUUACCCAUCUCAUCUUACUUUUUUAAUCAAGUUGUACAAAGUGAGGCUGACAUGGAAGUGCAGGAAGAGGUUAAAGGAUGGCCCUCAGCCAAAAUCAAUGUCAUGACAUUUAGAAAAUCACUUUGAAGAACUUGUACAACCAAGUAUUGAAAGCCAAAGACACAGAAAACUGUCAGGAAUCUGGUCUGUGGAUUAGAUCUUGUAAUUUCAGCAAAUGGCUGCAUCAUUAUUAUUACUUGGGUUACCACUGAGGUGAAUAAAUGCUUUUGUGAAUGGGAUCAACUUAUUCAGUGAGGAACUUUUAGGUUUAGUUUUAACAAAAAAAUACAUCUGUUUUUUUUUUUUUUUUCCAGAAGUGGAGCAUACCAAACAUUUGAAGUCUUCAGCAUGUAGUUUAUCACUCUGUGACAGCCUGCUGCUGUUUCCAGAUAAACUUUUUUUGUAGUAUUUCUUAAAGACAACAACAUCUCACCACAUUUUACUCAAAUUGCACUGUACCUGCUGUUGUGUUUGUCACUGAACACAGACCUGUACAAUCAUAUGAUCAGUAGAUAGACUAUAAGAUAUGAGACAACAAUUGAGGCAUUAGUAGGCCUGUCAUGAUAACAAAUUUUGCUGGACGAUAAUUGUGCUACAAAUUAUCGCCGAUAAACGAUAUUAUUGACACCAUUUUUUAAAUUAUAGAUAAUGAUAUUAUAUGGCAUAAUAAUGCGAGUACACCGUGUCAAAAGUGAUAAAAUUUAAUUUCCACACGAGAACAACACUGGUUGUUUUCGUUGACUAAAAUAUUUCCCUUUUCUCCCACGACGAAGACGUAACAUUGAUGAGCUAAACAUAAGUCGGAGAUGACUAAAAUGUGACGAGACAAAAGUGCGUUUACGUUGAUGGGACGAGACGAAAAUGACGAACAGAGUUGCAAAACUCAGUCAGUUAAACGCUAAACAUAUAGGAGCAGCUUCAGUCCGCUCUGACAGCUCUCAUCAGCCUGCUGUGCUCCUCCAACACACAGACACACACGCACGCUCGCGCGCGCACACACACACACACACACGUGGAGUUUUGUGGUUGACGAAAACAAAACUGGUUUAAAGCCGAAAUAUUCCCACACUUGGGCUGUUGCGUUCGGUUUAGACACCAAAGCUGUCGUGUUCAUUCUGUUAGCUUGCUUUUCACUCACGACGCUCACUUGCAGCACUGUAUCCAAAAGUCUGUGUCUGUGUGCAUGUGCGCGCCAGCCCCCUCGUGACAGAGACACUGAAUGACUGACAGGAGGGUUCACUAACUCCGUUCAUUCCCCUAUAGAGCCAACGCCCCCAGGUGCCGAGAACAAUGCGCAGAGUGAGACCUCUUCUCUCAUCCAGCGUGUUUGGUAGCGAGAGAGGAGGAAAACAAACGCACGUCAAUUAUCGAGGCUGGCAAAGUUAUCGACCUCGUUUUUAUUUAUCGAGCGAUAAGGCGAUUUAUUGAUUAUCGCGACAGGCCUAGGCAUUAGUUUUUAUGUGUAUCUUUUUUUAUGUCCUUUUUUUUAGUGUAUGACAAACAAGGAUUCCUUGUCAAGCUGGAUGGAAGUCUGUGAGUACUUCUUUAUGUUUAUGUAGCACUUCUGAUUCAAAGAACUCAUCUUUGGGCUGAGUAUUUAUCUCCUCAGUUAAAGCAAAUAUAUAUGCACUGAAGUGUUUCAUUAACCCAGGCAUAAUUUACAAUAUUUUCAUGCCAGGUAAUUCAUGAAUAAUUAGUUCUUGUUAACAUUUCUGCCUUGUUUGAUUUUAUUUCUCCAUGUCCUCAGGCCUUUGGAGCUUGUGUACAAGUAUGGCAAUCUCAGUGAAGGAGCCUGUAAGCCUGGGUAUGCAGCUGCAAAGAUGACCGCCGUUUAUCCAAAGUAAGAUUACUUACUUAUGUUUUUGUAAGUCUGAAAUCAGCUUGUACUGUUUCACGCUCAUCAUGACUGUCAGAGACAGUGAGGUUGCUGUGAUUCUGGUUUAACAUGACUGUAAACUCAUGCAUUCACUGAUCCAUUUAAUUGGAUGAUUAUUUGGGUAAAUUUCAGGUUUUUUAACAGUCGAACUGUCUUUUUGAAAAUGCUGCAAAUGCAAACCAACAAAUUAGGAAGGUAUUGCAAGAUCAGACUUAAGGUCCUUACACACCAGGGACGAUGCGAAUAUAGAACACGAAGUCACGUAAUAUUCAGAGGCGAAUUUUGUCACGCCUGACUAUACACAUCAAGCCCAACACAAUUUUGGGAUUUUUAUUUUUAUUUUGGAUGUCCGUUGGACAAUUUGAAGUUCUGCUGAAACAAUUAGCUCCAAGUUUGAAGAGGCAGAGGACUAGACACUAGUGUUGAGAUGGCUGUCUGUCGUGAUAGCAUGUACUGAGUCGGGGCCAGUACAAGAUAAGCUCAUGAAACAUGGUAACAACCGUUAGCUUACGUUACCACAGAUGAAAGUUAACACAAAGACGUUUGGCAAACUGUUAAAGCACACAAAACAUUGUCAUACCAGAAGUUUAACGCUAUGACUCUACACAAGUUGUCUUUCAGGUUGCUAUCUUUGUAAUGUGUGUGUAAACGAUCAUAAACAAUCAGCCUAUCGGCCGUGUUGGAUAUACCAGUGAAUCUGACAUCGCAACAACACGCAAUCUGAUUGGUCAGAAGUGGACACACAGUAUGCGAAACUUUAGAAAAAUCGACCAUGAUCCAAAAAAAUAAAUGCGGCAAUAUCGCAGGACGGGAAAUCGUCACUGGUGUGAACGCUUGUAUUGACAAGAUAUGGGUUUGAAAAAAAGUAUUGACGUCUGAAAUAAUCGCACGACUGUGUGUAAGGACGUUUAGGUUUCAUGUAAUUACUGCUGCGCUGAUUUUUUUGUGGCUUUUCUACAACUUAUUAUACAAUUCAUGCAGUUUUUAAAUUGUUGUCAAUCUCUCCUUUAGCCUUCUAUUGCAUUCACUGGUUUUAUAAUUUGUACUCAAGUUGUACAAAAUAUUUCAGGGAGUAACAUUUUUUAAACAUGAUAUUUGCUGUUUCUCAAAAACCAUCCAUGGCAGCAGAACAACAAAAAAAAAAAAAGAUUUAAAAAAAAAGUUUAGAUUGCCACCAAACUUUUGAAUGUUUUUUUAAUCUGCUGCUUUAUUAUUUAAGGAAGGUCAAAUAAUAAAUUGUCACAGGACUCUUUCACUGCAGCUGAAUAAACCUGACCUUAAAUUUGACUCAACACCCUUGUUUUUCCCCCCAAACUAAAGUAUUAUGUUUAAACCCUCAUAAAGAUACACUCUAUUGCAGGAUUUUAUUGAUAGUUUAACAGUUUCAAAGAGGUUUUCUCCAGUAAUCUGACAUCUGAGUUUACUUAUAGGGACCAUUUUUGACUUAUUGAGACAUUAAUGAGAAGUUGCACUUUUCAUUUGGGCUCUUCCAUCACUUUUGCGAGAGUGGUGUAGAAACUGACUUGAUAGUAAGAUCCCUUUGCAGUAACACUUUAUAGUGCAGCAGUUCAUUGAAGCUUAUAUUCCAGCAUUCUGAGUUUGAGCUGUGAAUCUGACCCCCAGCUGACGCCUUGUUUAGGAAAUUAGAGGUUAUAUAUGUCGGGCACUGUUUUAGAUCAGUUAGUAGAGCAGAUUUUCCUCGUACAGAGGCUACAAUUCCCAUCCUGCGGGAUCUCUCUUAAGCUAUCUUAUCAAAUAAAGGCUAAAAGUCUAAAUCAAAUAUUCUCAGUGAGACAGUUCCAUUUUCAUAGAGCUUUCUGAUCUCAGAGUGGUCCAGAGAGAAGAUCCCAUUUCUGCUUCUGCAUUAUUUAGGACCAAAGAAGUUCCAACUCUGAGAAAGCCCCACGACUGCUUUCUGUUUUAGAGCUAUAUAUCAAAUGAAUCAAAAGAUGCGAUGCUCUGAAUGGGCCCACAUGUCGUGAAAAUCUAUUUUUGCCUUCCUCUGCUCUGCUGUUUUCCCAGUGCGUGAGAAAACCUCGGGCCACUUCACUUUACCCACUUACUCAGCUCUAGAGACACGCAAGCCCCCAAACCCACCAGGGCCUUGAGACAGCAGCAUUAAUGAAGUGUGUUCUCAGCGUCCAGAUUGUAACCUGUUAAAAUAACACAGGAAGAUUUCCCUCAGAGGAGAGUACCCAGGGCAUCCUUGACCCAUUAACUCCUCCGUCUCUACUCAGUCGCAGCUUUCCUCUCUUGCAGCUUACAGCAGGUACUUCACAGCUAAUGACCAUGUACGACUGCGCAGAGUGAUGCAGGGCAGCUCUACUCAGUUUGACCCUCUUCUUUACUGUAUCUGCAAUGCUCCAUGUACAAAACCCAAUUCUGAGUUAAUGAUUAUUUGCAAAAACAUAAAGUUUAUGAGUUUGAACAUUAAAUACCUUGUCUUUGUAGUUUAUUCAAUUGAAUAUAGGUUGAAAAGGAUUUGCAAAUCAUUGUAUUUUGUUUUUAUUGACGUUUAUCCCAAUUUCCCAACUUCAAUGGAACAGGGUUUUGUAUAAAAGUGCAGCUAAGACACUAUGGAGAUCAGUCAGGCUUCAGCCACACAUACUGAUAGAAGUUCACACAUCAUGAUGAUUUUUUUUUCAUCUUUUCACACAGUUUUAUAGCAUUUCUAUUAAUAAACAAAUUUAUACAAACUUACCCAUCUCUGUUGUGCUCUCUACACACUGAACUCUGUAGCUUCAUUCUGAAAGAGGUCAUACCGGCAGAAGGGAAACAGAGUUGUGAAUGAAGGUAGUUAGCCAGCAUUUUUUGUUUUGCUUUGAAUUAGCUUUUUAUUUAGCAUUUCAAAUGCAGGAUAAAAAAAAAGGUGGCCUGACAUCCUGACAUAGCAGGCUGGGCCUCUUGGUUUCCUGUACUAUUGAUAGCAAGUCUGAUCCUGACAAUUCAAGUAUAACAAGACUGCACAUAAUACUAGAUGCUUCACCUCAAACAUGUUUUCACCCUGCUAAUGUGACUCUCCUCCAACUUUGAAUCCAGCUUGAACUUUCGUCCAUUUUUUUUCCUCCAAGCAAGUGUUUCACUUAGCUCGUUCCUCCAUACUGUGAUCACAGGGCUGGACUGCUGGUUAGGUGCACUUCCUCUAUGUCAUUUGAAGUCAAGCUGGAUAAAUACCUGAACACACACAAUAAGACACUUACUGUACAAAUUGGAGACAAAAAGGCGAGAUGCAUCAUUAGCAGCUGAUUUCUUUACUGUGUUUCAGUGUUUUCCAGAACAUUUUUCUUUCACUUAUUUUGUGUACGUUCCAACAGCCACUGAUUAGCAGCUGUUUUGUUUUGCCAAAUCACAGCUAAUUUGUGGUUCAUUAUGUGAUACCACUCUUGAAAAGAAACAGAUUUCCAAAGCUGCAGGGGUUGACUCAGUUAAAGAAACACAUUUCCCUCAGAUUGCUCCAGUUCUCUCUCAGAAAAAAAAAACUUCCUGUUAAUGUGAGUGUGUUACCUUUUUGUAGCUUCUUUCAAAUUGGAAUCAGAAGCUUUUAUUCAAGUUUUACAGAAGUAGUUUUAAAGGGGAACACUUAAGCCCAUUUUUACAAGAAUGGAAUAGAUUUUCCAAUUACUUUUUAGUGUUUAACAUUAAGUGUAUUUUUUUAUUAUGUCAAAAACUCAGUUUAUGUUUGCAAGCAGAGCACACGCACUUAAUUGCAUAUCAGUAAUGAACCCCAGUCAUUUCGAUUGUCUUAACGUUCGGAUCUGUGCUCUCUCUUUGAAACUUAACUUCUUAAGUGCCUGGUACAAAUGUUCUCUUUAGUUGCUGACUGUGUCAUAUGGUGGUCAGGAAGUCUGAGGACACUGAUUGGCUAAAUGGAUAUUUUUUUUUCUUUUAGCAGAAUCUUGAAAAAUGUAUUUGCUCUAAUUUAAGUUCGUGUCCAAAUGUCCAGACAAGAAGUUUUAAUUGUUUUUUAAUUGGGGGAUUAGGCUCACUGAGGCCUAAUCCCCCAAAGUGAAGACAGAUGCUCAGAUUAAAUAGAGCAUAACCCAUUAAAUGCUCUGAAGCAAGAAAAGAGCAGAAAUCCUAGCAGUGCACACUUAACCCUGAAAUUUGUGCUUCUUCUACAGUGUUGAAUGUACUGUCAUUGUAAAUGUGCUUAAGUUGGUCACCAGUCUCUCAGACUUCAUUCAUAAAGAGUAGAUGACUUUCAGUCAGCCUUUAUACAGCCCCAAUUCACAAUCAAUAUUAUAUUCUAAGAUGCCUCACAGAAAGAGCAGGUGUCAAAAAAACUAAUUUAUAUAUCAUCAACAUCAACCAAUCUUUUACUUUCUUAAGCUUUAAUAUUCUAUCUUUAUCCACUAUAAGCAGAGCUCUGUGCUCCUUUUAGCAAGUUACAGUGGCAAAGAAAAACUCAAAAGCAGCUGUCCACUAAUGAAACUGUAUAAAUGAAGUAAUAAUGGUGUUAAAUGAUUACUCUGAUAUUCUGAUAUAAUAACCUCAAAUACUUUACUGAUUAUAUUAAGAAAAUGUGUUGACCCAAGAAUUUGUUACCAUGUGCCCCAACCAAUAAACCUUAUAUCCUAAGAGUUCAUAGUAAAGAAGAAAAAUAUUCAAGAGUGGUCAUCUUGUAACUGUAAAAAAAUAUGCAGAAAGAACUUAAUCACAAAUUAAGGGUGACGCAGAGUAACUAAGGAGAGGGCGAAAUCUAAAUCCCACUACUUGGCAAGGAAUUCUUGGACUCUGUGAAAUCCAUGACAAACAUAGUACCAGAUAAAUGGUGUAUUAUUGUGAUAAAUGGGGGGAGAAAUGUGAUUGAGUCAAAGAGACUUUUAGCAAAAUCAAAAAGCAACAUCUGGAUUUUCUGCAUACAUUGGACUCUGUUAAAAUCCCCAUUAACCAGCAUGUUGUGGAGCAGCUGUUUUCAUGCAUCUGCCCAAGAAAGGCCUCUGGGCCUCGUGGCAUCUCAGGGCCCCUGUUAAAAUCUGUUAAAGUCUCUCAACACUCACAUCAUCUUUUUUAUCUAGAAGAGCUCUAUCAUUGUUUCUAUGCUCAAAAGAACUAAUUACAAAGUAAAAGACUAAUAAAGUGUUUCAAGAAAGUUAUCGUCAGUUCAUUGAAAACAGGUCAGUUGUGAAAGAGGCUAGUAAACCUAAAACUUCGUCUUGAGGCCUCAGUUGCCAAGACAUCAGAGCUGUGUGAAAUGAACAGCCAUGUCCUCUCUUUCACACUUGUCUCUGGCUUGUUUUGGUGCAGGUAUGUUCAGACAGUCUGGAUUAGCUGGAAACAUGAUGCUCCAAAUCCUCUUAAGUCUUCUGUCAUUAAUCAGUACAUCUAGUUCAGGGCUGUAUGGGUCCAGGGCAGAUAAAGCAAUGUUGAGACCCAUGUCCUUAUUCUUACUUGUUCUAACUUGCUCUUUUUUUUUUGUAUCCACAGGUUCACCCAACUGCAGCCCAUGUUCCUUGAUCCAAACUAUAAGCGAUUUUCCAAGAUUAGCGAUUAUUCACCUCCUUUUGGAGUAAAAUCACAAGGUAUGAUUCCUUCUUAAGAGUGGUGUGAUUUUCUUCAGAUAAGCGUUCAAUAUUCUGUCUGCAUUUACUGUGGAUAGUUGAGUGUCCACUGGCUGCUACUGAUAUCUACCACCAGUCUUAUCAGCCUACCUGGAUACUGACUCCCUGUCUGCAAGGACAUUUUCUAUUAUUCUUUUUUGGGUCUAACCUCGUUUCUCUUUCUCUCUCCAUCACCCAAAGAGAAGAUUAUCGAUAUUCUUCUAUCAGCCACUAAUAGCUACGGCCUCGGUGAAGGACUUGAUAAGUAAGUUAAUGCAGUCAUCACAUUAUCCUCUUGCCCAUUCCCCCACACCUCUUUGUGUGGAUUCACAAUAGACAAAAACUGUCAGAGGGGAAAGAAACUGAUAUCAAUGCCAUUAUCCACUCCACGUAUUGAUCCAAUUCUCAAUUAAUUCCCUUGUUUCCUGAGGAGUAUCUGUGUAGAAAAAAGUAGGCUUACAACCGAAAUCACAUUAUUGCACUCAAAUUGAUAGAUGAAUCAUCACAGAUUACCUUUGUUUGUGAUCGAUGGGAUCGGGGUUGUCUCUGAAAAACCAUUGAUCUUCUCUGUGGGAUAGAAAAGCACACUGGAUGUGUCAGAAACACAGCAUAGUGCUGGAAAGCUGCCAUGAAGUGAGUGGUUGAUCACCAAGUGCAGCGGAGUUUUGCAGCCCAAGGAAGAACAUUUAUGAUUAUUACUUAAAGGAAAUGCAAUCAGACCGAGAUACUAAGGCAGAAGAACUACCGCGUCUGCAGUGCAAAAUGAUUAUUAUAAUGAUUAUUACUUCAUGGAAAUGAUCCGCUGCACUCGGUGAUUGACUCGUCAGGGCUCCCCCACAAACAAACGGCCAUUGGAGGAGAGUGGGUGAGUUGUGUUUGGUCUCUUUGCUGAAGAAACCAGGCAAAGCUAAAAAGAUGUUUGGUGGCUGGUACUAUGGCUGGGACCCUAUAUGUACCGUUGAUGAAGUUAGGUGCUGUUCUGAGCAUUAUUUGUGGCUAUAGAGUAGACUAAUGUGUAUUGCUAUUGUGUGGUCGUUACUAAAGUUGGUAUCACUAGAAAAGCAAGCAGUCAGCAACAUUCGUUGUCUCGACGGGAUGUCUAACUCCUCUCUGUUUGGUCCUGGUCUUCCUUUUCUACUAUUAUAAUUUAGAAGCCCAAUGAUAAUCUCAUUUUAGUCCACGAAUCAGGAUGCACAAUUUGGAAUGCAUUUUUUUUUAUCACGUACACAUUUAUCCUUCAUGAUUUUUUUCUUUCGUGUUUUCACUUCACCACGAGUAUUCAAAGUCAGGGAGGAAAAAUAUGUGUAUAACUUUUUACUUCUUGUACACCUCUGUGAGAAAAGUCAAAUUAAGACAUACUCCAAGAUCAUUGUAAUGAUUAACCCUUUCUGUGUUACAGCAUGAAUUGUAAAACAUGUAUCAUCAUAGGAAAUGGAGGAAUUCUGACCAACAAGUCUCUGGGACAGAGAAUUGAUGAAUUUGAUGUGGUGGUCAGGUACGUAAAUGACAUAGAAAUACUACAUGGACACACUCUUUUGCUUACAAAGAUGUGAUGGCUGUUAACAUUGAUAGCACUGAACAUUGAGUAAACAGAAUAAUUACAUUGUCAAUUACAAAUGUACCUAGUCAGUGACAGUGUCGUCAGUGUGCCCUGGCUGGUAGUCUUAAGAUUUUACUGAAAUAACCAUUGACCCAGCAGAAUAUGAAAAAUUGACUAUAUAAAAACUGCUAGACUUCCCUGAUUGGUGUUAAUUUUUUGACAGUGGAUUUGUGGUGAUUGAUUAUUUUGCUGGGUGUUGCAGGUUAAAUGAGGCGCCUGUGAAAGGCUUUGAGAAAGAUGUCGGCGCUAAGACCACCAUGAGGAUCACCUAUCCAGAGGGGGCCAUUCAGAAGACUGACCGCUAUGAGACUGAGUCCUUGUUUGUCCUUUCUGCAUUUAAAGCUCAAGACUUCAAGUGGCUUCGACACAUGGUCUUCAACCAGAGGCUGGUAAGGCAGGGGAAGACACAGAUAUGCCUCCUGAUUGGUGACCUAACUAUUUGAUCAUUGGUAGCAUAGUUACCAACAAUCAGACAGUUGGAUCACAUAGUCACUCGUUAACUAAGCAUCACAAGAUUUUCAUUUAUAAUGUUUUUAACUUUCUGUUUUUUGUACUCAUCUAUUUUUUGCUCGAUUACAACAUUGAAUUAGAUUUUAACACUGGAAAAACCCACUACAGUUACAUAAUAUAUAUGGGUGUGUUUGUAGGCUCAUGGGAUAUUUAUACCAGAACCUCUCAUACUGUCAGUAGUAGUCAUAAGACAGAGGUGGUCUUACAGACAGUAUAGUCAGAGCCCAGUAAGUACCUGUCAGCUGAGUCCAUCUACUUUGCCAGUUCCUCAACUUUUUUACCUCCUGUCAUUCACAACCCAAAAUUUGUAAAGGUUUUAAAAUCUGGGCCUCUUCAGCAAUCUUUGUAUCUGACAAUACGUGGAUGAAGACACCAUUGUCUUUUUUAUUGUUGUGUUGUUUUGUAAUAUGUGUGAGUGAACAAUCUGGCAUUAACGCUUCGCAUACAUACUGCAGGUGCUGUUUCAGGAGGUAUCUAUAACUCAAGUUCAGGGCUGCAUUUGCUAAGGUUGAAACACAGUAAAAUAACACUCGGAUCAACAUUAAAAAACACAGGCAAGGUGCCAACACUUUACAGCGUUCAUGCUUUUAAAGUCCCUACUUUUUACUGAUGUUUGUUCUUGUGACAAUAAAUUGUGCUCCUAAAGCUGCCUAAAAAAGCCGGUUUUACCUGUAAAAGUCAUGUUGUCAACAACACUCACCAGUUGCACCAUCUAUAACUAGGGUGCAUUAGAUUCAGUUAGGUUCACAGAUAACUACGUAGUUUUAAAGGCCUGCUUUGGGUUAAUUUGAUAUGAUUAAAUCAAUUAACCUGUGAUACAAGAUAUAUCAUACAAUCAAAGUUAACAAAUCACCAAUAUGAGACACUUCUAAUUCUUACCAUCGAUCAUUCAGCAGUUAAACAGCCAUUUUUAUUACUUAAUGCUUUCCAUGUUAGCUUUUAUAGAAGUGGAGGUGAGUUAAAUAACGUCAGUGUAUAAACAGUUCUUCUCUCGUCGAAGUUUCCACCAGCUAAAGCUACAUUUUAACUGCACCUCUUUGAAUGGGUUCAAGAAAACCUUGGAUUUUUAUUCCUUACUCUGUAUUUUCUUGACCUGCCUUUUUGCAGAGGAGUGAGUUUUUGCUCUUAGGUUUGAUUUUUUGUUUGUUUUUGUUUUCACAUGCAUGCCUUUUGCAAACCCUUCAUAGAGGGGUCUGAAUGGGAAGUAUGAGGCUUCAGCUUUUAUACACGCCCUACAACAGACAGCCAAGCAAACCAGGCCCUUAUGUGGCUGUUACCAGGGUGGUCCCUGUCCUGGAUCACAUUUCACCUCCACUAACAGGUGGAAGUAAAGACAGUAUGUAUUUCUACAUCUCUACCCUUUGUUGUGAAAAGGUUCAUGUCUCUCUUGUCUAUAGCUGAACACACUUUGAACCUGUUAAAACAGGUCAAUAACCUUUGCACAUCAUGGAUGAUGUGAUCACAAAUCAACAGCCUUAAGUUCUGCAUUUUACUGGUAGUGUUAGGAUGACUCUCCAUAUGCACUGCUAAACAUAAAUCACUUUGUUCUCAACUUUAUUUUGUUUUUUGUUUUUUCCUCACAAAAUAUUUAAUAUGUUCAUCAAGCUUCAGAUCUCCUCUCCCCAUUUAUGUAUUCACACCCCUGUACCUCCUCUCACACCCCUGCACCUCCUCUCCAUUGAACAGACCAGCCUACUGCACUUUGUUCAUUUUUUUCCUCCCUGCAUAGACUGAAUGCACAGGAGAGACUCGACAACAACUAAACAAGCGCAAAAUUCAGCACACAGUAUAUAUGUCAGUUACCAUGAUCAGGAGUGUGUGUGGGGCGGCAAGUUAAGAGCAUUAUUUCUUAAACAAAGACACAUUGUGUGAAAUAAUCUUGAAAGUUAUUAGCCUUAAAAAAACGAUGUUGGUCAACCCCUACAAUAGAUGCCUACUCUGUGCUGCAUUAUUCUAAGCCAUGAUAAACCGAGUCAUGUCUCUCAUCUGUCUGUAGCCACUGUCUCUCUUUUCCUUUGACCUGGUCCAGGAUAAGCCACCAUUGAAGCAUGUCCCUUACUUUAUUCACGCUGUAUGCAGAAUGUCUUUGAGGUUUUCUUUGGUCGAUAAAAAUCUCAACAUCCACAGUUUAGAGAUUUAAUUUGAUUGAAAUAUUCUGUUCAAACAUUUUGAAGCAAUGACAGCGAUGUCUUCAUGAAGACUUUGUUGAAUAUUUUCUAUUGUUGUUUUGAAUAUAACAACACUCCAGACUUUUUACUGAACCAAAUCUCAACCUUUAAGAUUAGGGGCAUUGGUAGGAGAGGACCGGGCUUUUGUUGACCGUUAAACCUCUUUACUAGAAUAAUACAUUGAAAAAUAUUUACAUUACAGAGCAUUUCUGUCUAAAAGGGGUUUGUAAGGUGACGUGUGAAGGCAGUGCAGGUGAUAAAAUCAGUGCCACAGAGUGAGGUUGAAUAAACAGUAAUGGUGUAUGGGUCUUUGAAGUUGAUAACUCUGUGUAAAAUACACUGCACAUCCCUGGAAAUUCAAAGUGACAAUGCCUCAUGAAGUCCAGAUCCUGGGACACCCAAUGUGGAAAAGAGCUACAAAGACCAAGAUUUGAUUUAGAUUCAUCUCUAUGUAAACAUACACUGAUACUGUUAGCACAUUGAGAAUGGCCUGUAACAUGAUCCUGACCACUUUGUGCACAUGGAUUCUCCAAACACUGUUGCAUCCUCUCAGAGCUGCCAGCAGAGCAGAGGUGUUUGGUUUCAAUUUCUGAAAGAAGAGUGAAAUGGAGACAGACUGUAAGCUCUUCAUAGCAAAUCCUGUCUAACUGGGUAACAGAGCUAUGCUAGUACACAAAUAGCUCCUGUCGCUGCUGUUUGGCUCCCCCUGCUCCUCACUUCAACAUACCUGAGCAAACUCAGAGCCAGGUUUCCCAGUAACUGUUCAUAAAGAGCCGUAAGGUCUGCAGGGAAGGCGGCUCAUUAUUAGUGUAAUGGCCCCAGGUACAAUGACACAGGGGCUUCCUCUGACUGGCAUUGUUUGCUAGACUUGUUUUUCACCAGUGUUUUAAUGGUGUUGACCCUUCCCCUCAAGCCCAGGGUUCAGGGUAUAGGUUUCACUGUGCUGAAGUGCAAUCCUAUUUUCCACGAAUACCCAGUUUGUGGCCCAUCUCACCCCCUGGUGUUUUGAAAUAUUUGGUCAUAAUUAGGGCUGGGGUGAUAUGGGAAAAAGUUUAUCACAAUAAGGCUGCACGAUAUUGGAAAAAAAUAAUAUUGCGAUUUUUUCAACCCUGCGAUAUAUAUUGCGAUAUUAAAAAUACAGUAUUUUCACCAGAUGACCUGAAUAGCACUUAAUGUUAUACUGCACUGCUGAAGUCUUGAGGACAGUUAACCUGCACUGAUCUUACCUCUUUUUGUGAAUGUUAGUAGAAUGGCUUCUGUCUGUCUCAGAGAUAUUUUUAGCUUUUAUUGUGCUGGGACGUUAUUGUGGCAACAGGUGAACACAGAAGACGUGUUUUGGUCGACAUCAUCCUUCUUUUAACCGAAAUAAUUCCAGAUAACUGGCUUUCCUUUUCUUUUUGGCAACAAAUCUUCAUUUUCGGUGGUUUUCGCUUGUUCGUUGUUCAUUUUGCGAUCGUUGUUGUUGUUGUUAGCGGUGUUGUGCCGAGAAACGCAUGUCCUCCGAGAAUUGCAUGCACCUCGCAAAACGCGCACUGCUUAUAGUAGAGUGGUCCACGGAAAUGUACAAUUUAAAACCCAUACAGUUCUUAUUUGUUGGGCUUAAUAGUCAUGAGUAAAGUUCCGAAAGUAAUUCUCAGCGGACACACGUCUCCCUCCAUGUGCAGAACAUGUGCAGGGGUGGGUUUUCGCCUCCCUGAUUUUGAUUGACAGCUGGCAGGGUAGUCUGAUUGGCAACUGAGAAGUGAGUCUGAUUGGCAACUGAGUUAAGGACGAAGGCGAUUGGUGGAUCGCUGCACAGCACAUGCAGAGUCACAUGGAGUGUAUCUCAGUCGGUUACCCUUGAAAUUAAAUGAGUUCAUUCACCUCCAAUAUCGCAGGCUCUGCGAUGUGACUAUCGCACACACGUACAUCGCGAUGACGAUAGUCAAACGAUAUAUCGUUCAGGCCUAUAUCACAAUAUAAUUUUUUUUAUCAGUCGAUAUUAAUAUAUAUCACAAUUUAAAAAUGAAACUUAACAGAGCUUAUUGGUAGCAUGUCUUUUGCAAUACAAUAAGCUACUGCAUCUGUGAGGUCUUUUGUUUUGUUGUAAGGUGUUGUGCUAGAGAAAGCGGACUGAAUGGUCAGCUGUUUCGGCUGCACAGGCGCCAUGGGCUCCUUGCUCUGCUCAGAGUUUGUAACCUUUUGCAUUGCACGUGCUCUGCUGUGUGGCACUGCUUCAGGUGGUAAAAAAGAUUUUAGGUAUUCCCCGACUUAACGAGAACAUGUACUCAACAUUAUUUGUAGAGUACAUUGUUCUGCUUCAUGUCCGACCUCAAAAAAAAAAAAAAAAAAAAAAACACCACCUACUUUUUUGUGCCAGUGUUGUCGACAAUAUCAUCAUCUGUUAAGCCUUCGUCACCAUUUCUGCCAGGGUAGCACUUAUUUUCCUCUUUUCCGCCAACAAUGCUGUUGGCUUCAUGUGUUAAAGUGCGUUGGUUGCUUGUAGCUUCAACCUGCUACUACGCAGUUGUUUGCUACUUGGUUCUAAUUUAGCACAUGAUUGGUUCAGUGCGAAGUGGACCCGGAGCAAUUCCCCUUUUUAUUGGCUAUUUGUAUAGUCUACCAAAUCAUAGCAGAAUGCCGACUUUCAAAAAGGAUAUUGACCAUAAUUUAUAUCGAUAUUGAGGGAAAUUAAUUUUCGAUAUAUAUCAUUAUCGUUUUAUCUCCCAGCCCUAGUUAUAAUUAACAGCUUAAAUUUAAAGACAAUUUACUUUUUGGAUAACCAAAAUCUUUGAAACUAAAUUUCUUCCUCCGAGACACUCAAAUAAAGUAAGAACAAAGAAUCAAAGUAGGCUUUGAUAAGUUUUGAAUAUUGCACGAUUGUAUGAUUUCUUCCUGAAAAUGACUUGGGUGUCACUGCUGGAGAAUUUAUAUUUCAACUUAUUUUGUCUUAUUUAAUCAUAAUAUUUGAUAGGACAACCAGAGAAUGAAGUUUGAACAAAACAAUGAACCAAAAGAGUCUUCAAAGCUCUGUGAAGAUAACAGGAUGGGUUUUAACCUGCUGAAUGUUAUCCAUGACAGCUUUCACACAGUGUCACUAUCAGCCCAUCAGACAACAUUGUGAUCCUGUAUGUUGAUAAAAGAUAGAUUGAUUCUGGUUUACACUAUGCUCUUAAAUAGGCACUGGCCUAAAACCUUGUUUACCGUUGAUAAAAAGACAUGUUUUCUGUGAUUUAUUUGGCUAUAUAUAUUUCAAUUAUUUACAGCAAUAUAAUGUUAAGAUAUAUUUUGCCAACAAUUUUACCUUUCCACUUAGAUUUAGUGACUGAUUUAGUGCAUUGCUUUUGAUGAUAAAGUAUUUGUAAUGUAUCGUUCAUUUAAAUAACUGCUUUUAUGCUUCUAUUUGUAGUGUGUGUUCUUUGUUUAGUAUGGAAGUCUCACUAACCACAGUUUUUUAAUUGCAUCACCCUUCGUCUCUCAGCGCAGCACUGAUGGGUUCUGGAAGUCUGUGGCUAGACACGUUCCAAGGGAGCCAAGCGACAUGCGCAUCCUAAACCCCUACUUCAUCCAGGAGGCCUCUUUCAAGCUGAUUGGCCUUCCUCACAACAAUGGACAGAUGGGCAGAGGGGUGAGAGACCUGUUUUCCCGGCAGUCAGUGUUUUUGCUGUUCCAGGUAGAGAAGUAGCAGGAGCAGGGGGUUGUUGCACACACUGAGGCGGUGAAAUGAUCCGGACUCCACUCUGUUUGCAUUAUUAAAGCCUCUUUAGACACACAGCAUAUGUAGCGGACAGUAUUUUUGAGGUGUUGUGCAUGUAUUCAAAGACAUACAGGAGUAGGAAACUGGGGAGGGUUAUGGGUUCAAAUCAAGCCCCAGAUUUCAGGUCAUGUGUCAUAAUCAUGUGAGCAAACAGGUCGCAGCUCGGUUUCAACGUCUUUAUCAUAUUUGUUUGUUUUUCAGAAUAUCCCAACCCUAGGGGCAGUUGCCAUAACAAUGGCCCUUCAUAACUGUGAUGAAGUAGCUGUGGCUGGAUUUGGCUACAACAUGAGCACCCCCCAUGCUCCUCUGCACUAUUAUGAAAAGAUCAGGAUGUCAGCCAUCAAAGAGGUAACUACAGACACAAUCAAUACCAUGUCACAAAAGUUCCUAUAACUGAUCCUAGGAAGUGAUUGGGAAAGUUAUGGAUCUUCCCCGCAGAAAAAACAAUGUUUGAGGAUUUAUUCCUAAAAGCAACAAACCUGUGGUAAACAAGAACAACAUGUGGUCUCUUAUAUUAUUGAAGUCAGGGCUGAAUGAUACAGUAUAUGGUUUGAACAUCACAAUUGAGAUUUGCACAUGCAAUAUAGUUAAUACCAGAACAUGCAAUGACCUGGAGCAAGACAUGUUGCUGCCACUUCCUCGCUGUCCAGGAUUAUAUCAGCCAUUUGACAGGUUUGCGACCUGUCCGGGGUCCAGUCUGUGUACCCUGUCUCUUCCUCAGUAAUAGCUGGGAUAGGCUUCAGUCCCCCCAGGAGGUAAUGUUUAAGGCUGUGGUUGGCAAAAAUUAAAAAAAAGAAAAAGAUUGUGAGUGGCAGGCAGUGGCCCAAGUGGGCCAGUGAGGAACCAAUAAACCAACCCUGCGUAAACUUUUACUGGCCCUUGGUCAUUAGGUCAUGGGUUGUGUUGGACCUUGCCUUGCACAGCUUCACCUGUUGGAGAACCAAAUGCAGCAGGAGAAUUUGGGUCACAUUUUAUGUUGCUGCUGCUCAGUUAAAGUGGAAAGAAUCAUAUCAAUCAACCAAGUGUAACUUAGAACUCUGCUGUAACUGCACACUGAGGGCAAAGUACGACUCUGCUUGAAUCCUCUUCCUGCAGUGUGUCAGUGGCUGAACCAGUUGUACAUUACAACCAGAUUAAUCCUACAGAGAAUAUUUCUGAUAAUUGAUGAAACGUUAGAGUCUUUUGGUUGCAUGUUCUGAGCUGUCUACGUGAAACAACCAGCUCAUAUGUCCUACCCUGUGCUUUCUGUCCUCCAUGCAGUCUUGGACUCACAACAUAUCUAAAGAAAAGGAAUUUCUGAUAAAGCUGGUGAAGGCUGGGGUUAUCCAGGAUUGGACCGGUGGGAUCUGUGGUGCAGGAUGCUGA